UGACGAAUCUGUGUUGGCCGGGUGUCAGCUGGUAUCAGCAACCGUAAUCAUCGCAACAAUCGCUGGUACGCUUUACCCAAGCCUCCCGAUGGGUGUCUUUCCUGACUUAACGCGGGUUAUUGGCCCAUCACUGUGGUAGGCGGUUUGACUCAUGCCCAUCUUAUCUGAAUCAGCCAAACUUGAUGGCGCCCAGCCACUGCACUGUAACAGAGGCUUACGUCUCAUCUGAUACCGCCUGCGCCUCGUAGUGGCGGUGCCGAAGAGGCUUCCGACGGGGCGUCUUUAAGUAAACGCGAAAGACCAGCGAAUAUCUUCGUCCCUUUUCUUCCCGGGCUGUAUUGUACUGGAGAUUCGCCCACCAUGAAGUGGUUCCAGCGGCGGCGUCGCGAGGACCCUUGGGAGGUUGUCGGAUGUGAAACCGUAAAUCCUGUUUUCAUGCUCGAUUCCGGGGACGACGAUGAUCUAAUAUAUGUACAUGAAGGGGACACGUGUGGGCGAUACAUUUUCGACUUCACGAAGCAGGUUCCCAGUGGGGUGCACUGUGCCAGCGCGCUGCAGUUUGCGAGGCAGCAGCUUCUACAGCAAGUUACUACAAAGGGUUACAACAUCUUGCUGGAAGAAGGGUGGUCACUGACCCUUUUGCGGCGAGGAGAGCGUCAUCGUAUACAGGUCGACUACACAGGGAGACCCGGCUGCAUGUCAGGGAAAUUACCUCCACUCCGAGCACCUCCUUUCGUCGCCCUUUUAGAAGGGAAACAUAUUUUCUCGUAACUUAUCGAUCGUACGUGCAUCCGACCACCACCACUCAUCCUUGUAUCUCUACCUUUGUAAUUAUUGUCAAGCUCCAUCCGUCUAUAUCACGCCUGUAAACUUAUGCAUACUGUUUUUCAAAUUACAAGAUCCAUUAGGGGUACCCGCGACUGCGAGCCAGCUCGUUGGGCACGUUCAGAUCACACGCAUCUUAUCCAAG